AUGUACGAUGCUGUCAUCCUGCAUGGCCAUGGUUCCCUCUUCAGGGUCCUUCUUCUUUUUUUACCCACCAACCUUCAAGACACGCAUGCAUACAGGAAUCACAUCGUAGUAUUCCUAGUCGAAGGAAAUCCGUUAGGAACACAGGGCAACCGGAGCCAAGGAGGCCGACGGUGGGGCUUAGUUAGGCUGGUGCCAGGGCGAUAUGCUGGCGAAGAGCGAAUCACGCCGCUGGAUUUGUUGGGUGUGCAGGUCUCGUAUCAGCACGUUUGCCUCCCCACGAGGCCGAGCUGGACCGGAGCGGAGAGCCGUGUUGUCUUCUGA